CCUGCAGACACCUGAGAGGAUGAUGGAUGUACAGGUCAGAAGAGUGAUGUUCCCCUUGAUGUUGAGUUUGUUUCUGGGAGCCUCAUCUAUCAUUUGGCCCCUGGCUCCUGCAGCGGCCUUCCAGCUGCCGUCCUGCCAGCUCAUCAACCAGAUGGUGUCUCUAGAGAAGGAGGGCUGUCCCAAGUGUCACCCGGUGGAAACAACCAUCUGCAGUGGUCACUGCAUCACCAAGGACCCCGUCUUUAGGAUACCAUUUAGCAAAGUGUACCAGGAUGUGUGCACGUACCAGGACAUGUACUACAAGACAUUUGAGCUUCCUGACUGUCUACCCGGCGUGAACCCGACCGUCACCUACCCGGUGGCUCUGAGCUGCCACUGCGGCCGCUGUGCCACGGACACGUCUGACUGCACCCACGAGAGCCUGCAGCCCAACUUCUGCAUUGAUGACAUACCUUUCUACUAUUAGCCUUGUGUAAUAGCAGCAUAAACACUUUAAGACUCAGUAUACACAAACUGUAUUACCUUUUACCACCAACUGUUGUAAAUGAAAAUUGUUACAUUUACUAGUGCAAAAUAAUUUGUUUUUCUAGUUUGUUCCCCCCUAGACAAAUACCCACAUUGACUUUUCUUGGAACUGAAGAGCACAAAGCAUCGCUCAUAUGAGUGUUACAUUUUUGCAAUAUAUCUAUGGUCUGAUCUGUCUUUGAGGAAAUGGUUUGUAUGUUUCAGGGAAACAGUGUUGCGCAACUUUGUUAUUGGGGUUGUCAAACAGGUACAUUGAAAGAGUUUUUAUCUGAUAAAUUGCAGAACUGUAGAAGUAACUGCACAGUGAAAAUUCAGAUGUGAGUUUUAGUGAUUUGCAGUUGAAAAGAUGUGUAAAUGUCUGUUAAUUAAGGCUAUAUUAAAUAAAGGGUGAAUGCAU